UCCAGGUGCGUUUCCGAAGAUCGACACGUCACUCCGUUGCCGGACUGCAUUCGACAUACAUCUUAGGUAACCAUGCGGUCGCUGAUCAUACCGAUAGUCAUCGUGCUGUACAACGUGUGGACACCUUCGCGGAGUUUGGGCACAACAGAGUCAGACGAUACCUACAAGGAGCGACCCAUCAACAUCUUUUUCGCUGCCGAUCACUUCUUUCGCGAAAUGACAGGUGACGAGCUCCAGAAAUACGCCGAAAGCUUGCUGGCCGGGGUUACGAUUUCAACCAAUCCAGAGUGGAUGGACCUGCCAUGCUCCCUGCGUUUGAGAGUUUCCGCAGUGCACAUGCUGAGUGAUAAGGAGGAAGCCAUAUUAUUGCCGAAACUUACCCUCUACGACUCGGACGGGACGCAGCGCGAAUAUGUCGACGACACCGCUUACUCUGCGGGACAUCCUCCAAGGAUGGAGGACAUUCUGGAAGACAGUUACCAUUUUUCGGCGGCUGACAUCGUCGUGAUAUUGACUGGGCAUCCUACAGUAUCUGGGAAUCCAUACUAUUCACCAAGCGUCAGAAUGUGCACCGAUUCCAAGUUUAUCUUGGUUCGAGAUCUCCCAUAUGCUCAUUCAGCAUUUCUAUUCGGAACCUAUUUGCCUGCCCUGAUGAGCGUAAUGGGAGGCAGUGUCGGCAGUCCGGCAGACUGGAAGCGUGGCUGCCGGCAAAUACAAGAUACAUACAGAAAAGCCCUUGCUAUGGAGGACGGACAUCACUGCCACUCAACAAGUGUAUCAUACGAGAUGCCUUCAUUUGCUUUCUUCUACAAGUUCAACGCCACACAAUACUGCAGAGCUGUUUCCAGACAAGGCGACGAAUUCUACGAGGCACCGGUUACAUCCAACUGUAAGAUGUGUAGAGACAAGGCAGGUGACUACGUGGACAUCGAUGGUCCAGAAUUUUGUCUGCCAGGUGACUUAUUCAAGGAUGGGCCCUGUAUCAACGAGACGGUACUGGUAUACGGAAGGCAGAUUGACGAAAAAUGUAGUGUGGGCUACGGCGUGCUCGGUAUGCGAUACCUGCUCGCCUGGGGCAUGCUGGACAAGUACCCCUCUUACAUUGACGAUAUUUGUGACAUCCAACAGUCACCACCCAUUUAGACAUUCAGGAAAGUAAACAAUAAAGAAUUUCUGCGUUGAAACUCA